GCGGUCGCGUGUCGCACGCGUUACGUACAUCAGUUAGAGCCUCCACGGCUGAACUGAUUCGAGCGUACGAUAAAUAAAUUAAAAAAACAACAUCAAAGAAAUCCCGUAGCGGAGUCGCGUAUCUAAAAUCCCCUUAGGGAGUCGAACGCUUCACCGAAUUCGUAAUUUCUUAUAUAUUAUAAAUUUUUUUAAAACAAAGUUGGUUAAAAUUAUAGUAAUAUCAAGUUUUCUUUAAUCAACGGUGGUGUAAGGUGGUCAACGGUCAUCGCUGUGUUGUGGUGGUUACUGGUGUUCAAGCCAGACACGCAUCCCCAGCACUACGUGAAGCCCUUCGAGUUUUGCGUGAAGCGUGGACAGAGCCCCGAGCGCUGACAGACCGCUGGAAAGCGGUAAGCGACGAUUCGUGCGGUUCUUGCGAGCGGACAAGUGCAAAGAAGAUGUGGGGGAACGAACUACCGGCACGCGCCGCUGCUUCACCUGGACUGCUGCGCCGGCGGUAUUCCAUGCCGGAAACAAUCAUGAGAAAAUAUAGGCUGGCUCAGCAGAGAUCUGAGGCUGAAGGUGAUGAAGGAGGACGGUGGAGCGCUUCCGGAACAGCAGCUGGAACGAGAAGUUCGUGUGCUUGGUGCGGUGCACGAGCUGGUGGUGCGCGGCGUGAAAGGGAACAUAUGCGAAAAUCCGCCUUACUACGGCUAUGGGGUAGAGCUGGUGCAUCUCCAGCUCGAGCUUGUCCCUGUGUCCCCUGUGCUCAAUUCGGCACACGUUCACUCGACGCGUCGCAUACUGAAUUACAUACUUCACCAAGACGUCUGAGACUAGAUUCCUCUCGUGAUCGCCAUUCCGACUGCUCAUCAAGUUCUCCAGCUAGAGCCGCAUCCUCUUGUACCGACCCUGUUCCAGACUCAGCGAUUGCCAGGGAAAUAUCACCAAGACGUUCCUGUAGUGGAGAUAAGACACGAUUAGUUUGUACUCCUCUCGACAGUCCCAUUCUAUCUGUCGAGGUCACUGACCGUUCUCUUACGGAUUCAUCUGACGCAUUUACUACAUCUAUGCCAACAAUGAAAGAAGUCGCGUUCAGAAAUCCCGAACCGUACAUUCAUGUUUCAACAAGUGAGCACAUAGACGGUCGAGUGAGCGAAAGAUCAGUUAGUGCUGAAAACGAAGAAAGCAAUGUUGUCCCAUAUAAUAAACCACUAACUUUAGAGACGCCGCCUUAUGAUAUCUUAGAAAUCGUUGUAUCUGAAACAUUAGACGUAAGACCAGCACCAGUAAUAAAGAGCAGUUCACCUGAAAAAUUACUACCACAGACAUAUAGAAGUCAAAUAUCUAAUUACAAAAAGUCUAACAUAGAUAUAGAUGAGUACGUGUCUAACAUCCUGGUUGAGAGUUUAAAUUCCUUGACCGAUCAGCUAGAGUCAAUGAACGCAUCAAUUGGAAGUGACCGGAAGAUGAGCAUCGUUGAAAAAGAAAUAAAAGUAAAACUACAGAACACCGGUGUUAAUACAAUUGUUCACUUAAGCCCCACGUCUAACAAUCAAAUCAUAUUUGGUAAUGAGGAGCUUUACGAGAGUGAUGGAAAGCGGGACAAUUGCAAUAAUCCACGUGACUCGUGUAGUAUGAAUAUUCGCGAUGAAGUACUCAGUGUUGAAACUAAUAACAAUGUAACUUCCGCUGAUAGCAUGCGACACGAAGGGUCUACAAACCAUCAUAAUCAGUCUAAAUCUGAGAGUUUUUUGAACAUACCAAAUGAAACUGUAAACAAAGCAGUCUUACAACAGAUACAGAAACUUUUUCAAGAAGAGCUUCAGAGUAUUGAGCCUGAUAUUCAUUCGCCAGAUGGAAAACGGCCUGGAAUAUCGCACAUUGAAAUUUCAAAUGUUGAUGUAUUUAUAGAAAACAAUGAUAGUUCCUUUCAAAACACUGAGACAAUUGAAAUGCAUACAACAAGAAAUUCAGCAGGUGUUAAAGUAUUAGGAGGGGUUGUUUCUGGUAAUUAUUAUCAGGAAGUGGAUGACAAUGCUAUUGUACCCCGAUUUUCUGCAUUUCCACACACCGAGUCGAUGGAAGUCAAUACAUCUUCUUCCGAAGAUGCUGAUCUUUUGGGUUCCGAGUGUACAAGCCUUGUUGACAGUCUAGAUGAUCCAAAUUCCCCACGAUCAAUACUUUUAAGAAGAUCCUUUAAUAACAACAAAAGAAGUGAACUUGUGCGAUCUGCUAUAGAUGUCUUAGAUUUACUCCCUGAAAAUGCAAAUCAAACUGUAUCUCCUAAAGAAAAGGGGGAAUCAUUCUUUAUAAGAAUAAAAGAUGAUGACUGCGACUGUGAAAAAGAGAAUAUCGUUGUAGCUGACCAUAUGCCUGAAACUAUAAAACAGAGAUUAUACCGUCGCCAUAGAAAGCGACAAAUGCGCAUGGAAUGUGCGCGUCGUAGUAAAGUGAAGCAAUUAAAACGAGACAUUGAAACUCAAAAUCGUCAAGAACAUUAUAAAUCUAAGAAAGAAGUUGAAAAAGAAUGUAUGAUUAUAAUAAAUGCAAUUAUAGAUGAUGUUAUUGCGAAGAUAGCCCAAGAUGAAUACAAAUGUAUGCGUAUCAGUCAACGGUCAAAUAAAUUACUCGCUACAAAAUCGGAUGAAAACUUAUUGAAAAAACAGUGGAAGAAAGAUAGUAAAAAUAAUAAUAACCGAAAUGGCCGGAAAUUAGUCAAGAAUAUAGUUUCCCAUUCGUGCUCAGAUAAUCUCGAUAUAGACCAUAAAAAAAGUGAAAGACUCAUACGAGGCAAACUCUCACUUCAAACACAUCCAACAGUUUCAUCAGAUGAAAGUGGACCAAAGCGAAUAUACCAAAAAUCUGAGAUACAUGAUGGUAACAAAUGUAUAGAAAUACUUGAAAUAAUUGAGUACGUGAACAGUUCGCAAAAUUCUGAUACGACCACUUCAGAUGAAAAUCAUAACUUAAAUUCGAGAAAUAGAAAAUCAAGAAUUCCGGUUCCCGUUAACGAGAAAGUUCAAAGGCUAUCUGAAGGCAACACGCAAAGAAAUAACAAAAGUAACGGCAGUAGAAGAGCUCCACCGAUUCUCUCGCGAGAGAGAAACGGCAAACCGAGCCAUCUGCUAGCUAAUAUGUUACUCGAGGCGCUUGGAGACGAAAUUCUCACGGAUGUUCAAGACGUACCCACGCGCCGCGCUUCCGUGCCUUGCGAAUCACGUGCUCGCUCAAAUUCAUUACGCUUUAAAAAUGUAUUCGACAUAAUACCUGAAGAGAAAAGCAGCCUCAGUAUAGAAUCGACAGGUGAUGAAUCCGCUUACAACCGUCGAGCGUCAGCUCCGAGUCUUAGUGACGGCUUAUAUUCGACCGAUCAGGAAGAAAAGAGAAUAAAACCGACUGAAUCCCAAUACUACGAUAAUAGAGGAGUGUCUAGUGAGUUAAGAGCAGAGAUGAAAAGUACAGGGACGUCGCCAAUGCAGGAGGCGUACCGCGCAGUACAUGUAAAUGUGGGGGCGAUGACGUCACCAAUUCGCAAAUCGGCCUGUACGAGUCCUAUUCGAAUAGCGAGUUCUGAAGCGCGCGAACGAGUUCACUGUCAGCAGGCGAGCCGCAAAAACCUUUCGCAACCCAAGCUCGUCAAGCGGGCGCCGGCACAGAGGCACGAGGAGGAAGGUUCUACCGUCAGGCGGAAGUCGAUCUCGUCGCAGUGCGAGCCGACCCGUCGGUUACGAGGCGGUCACAGCGAAAGAGAAACUAUUCCCUCAAUAUUUCGCCUCAAGCGAGGCAAAAAGGACGAGGGAAGUCUCGGCUCGAACUCGCUCUCCGAGAGACGAUCUUCUGAAGAGAUCUCGUCACUGGGUGAUAAGGAGCGCCGAAAGGAGCGCUUGAAAGUUAGAAAUUUGCUGGGCGCGACCGGCAGAGAAAAACGGGGCAAGAGUCAGGUGAGGGUGGAAGAUGAGAGGAGACAGAGGGGAGGGUGUGGGAGGCGUGAAGGAGAGGACGGAGAAGAGGGGUGGAGCUCGAGUGAGUCGAGUGGCAGUCUGCUUUGCUCGCUGGCGCCCGCUUGGCUCACAGCGCGCCGCAGACGACGACGCGCUGCCCCUCCAGGCGAGUGGGCGGUGACUGUCGCAGGUUCGUGUCCGGCCGCGUUACCCAAUGAUGUCGAGAUGCGCCUGCGCUUCCCGGAUCCACGGCGACGUAACUCCGUUCUAUCUGAGCAGACACCGCGCCCCCCACCCUGCGCACGCGCUGUUGAUUGCGGCGCGCAAUGCACGCAGGGACACACGCGCCGCUCACUCGAUGAUGCAGGCAGACUCACGCUUACCGUUAAAAAGGAGGCUUCGGACUCUUCAAUAGUAGCGUCGAAGAGUGUGAAUAAGUCAUCCGAGAUGCUGCCUGAUCUCCACACGUACCGCGCUUCACGGAGCAAAACGAGAAGCUCUGUGAAGGCCGUCGUUACAGACGCGGCAGGGGUACUCCCUACAUUGCUGGCUUCCAGAAGAAGAUCAUACGCCGAUAAGAGCACGUAACGGCCUGGCCGUGGAGGGCAGCGCCAUUGUGCCGCGACGAAAGCCCCGCGCGCCAUCUAUGAGCGAACGUGAUCUCACUCGCACGCAGCCGGCCAGACACCAUCUACCGUUGAAUUUACGAAACAUUUUCUAGUACGUGUAAAAGUAGCUUUAACAACAUCUGUCAUCAUUAGAAACAAUUAUCAAAACGCAUUGACGACACUAUUCGGCGUAAGCAGACAAAAUGGCGUUCCUAUAAAGUUUAUAACGAGACUAUUAUUUAAUUGAACUGAGAGCUCUUUCGACCGUUGUUUAUAACCGUCUAGGCGGGUCACCGGCACUGCUAAUUUGAAUAAGUGCAUCCGCCAGGCGGGUAUGCUGACGUUACUUUAAGUCAAGUACUAAUUCGUUGCUAAUUUGAGCGGUACUUUUGUUUGAGAAUGUGUAAUCGUACUAUUUUAAAGUGCAAUUGAACACGGAACAAAAUAAAAUAAAUAUUGUCGAUUUUUAAUGUCUCUUUAAAGCUAAGACUGAUUUCUAUAAUGCCUGUCAUGUAUAUUAUAAGCAAAUUUAACUCUAAAAAGCUUUAGAAUUGUCUAUGAAUAUUGAUCUUAACUAAUAUAUGAAUGCAAAGUUCAAUGAACAGAGAGAAAAUGAAAACCGCAAUAAGCGCCGUCACAGUACAUGCACUAAAUAUAUUAAUAAAUAGUUUUCUCUCGCGGCUUCGUGUGACUCGCGUGUUAUGGGAAAGGACAGGUGCUAGGUUUGAAAAAACUAUCUACUUCCUUUGGGUUCAAGCUUGCUUUAUACCAAAUUUCAUGAAAUUCGGCUUAUUCGUGAAAACGUAACAGUCACUUUCGCAUAAUAUAUAACAUUAAUACCUCGUUUUGUGAAUUGAGUGCCCCGUUGGUCUAGUGGUUUGAUAUAAGACCGCAGAACCGGAGGUCCUGGGUUCAAUUCCCAGGUCGGGCCAAUAAAAAGUAAUUGGGUUUUUCUGUCAGAAAAUUCUCAGUAGCAGCCCGGAGUCUGGAAGUUGGAAGUGUGUACACUCCCGUGCCUCGGAAAGCACGCAAAGCCGUUGGUCCUGAGCUUGAACUCUUUCAGAUCGUGUCGGAUUGCCGUCUCAUCUGAUUAUGAGAGUUAUGGAAUAGAGAGUGCACUCGUGAAUGCGCAAACACUUGUGCACAAUAAUAUCUCCUGCGCAGUUGGCUAUUCUCUCUUGAGAUUGGCCGCCGUGGCUGAAAUCGUUCCGGAGGACAUUAACAUAAAUUCAGAUUAUAAAAGUUUCCAUUUUGUCUCCUACGUUUCGAGACGUCAAUGCGACAAGAUACGAUUAGUCAUAAUUAUUAUAAAAGGUUAAGAUUGUAUUCGAUGAGGAUUUAAUUUUAUUAAUAUUCUUUUUUGUAUUAA